GUGGAUCUUCGGUUUGCUUUGCUCUGGUCUAUAAAUUUGCCUCGGCCUCCGCUGGUUAGUUGUUAUCGUCAGCUCUGGCAUCUUCUUCCCUUCGAUUUCUUUGUUUCCUUUUCCUGCAAUCUUUCAGUUGUCGGACUUUACUUAAGUUCUGUAGUGCUGGUGAUUGAGAUUGAUUGUUUGACAGUUUCCGUGUCUGCAUGGGAUAAAAUACAUGCAUACUGCAUCAUGACGCCCACAGCUUGGGUGCUUGGAAAGCUUAAAUCGGCUGUGAUUCUGACAUAUGGGUUGGGCGGACUGUUGUUUUAUGGCCUUGUUGCUGUGAAACUGGGGUAUUUUUUUAAGCAGACUACUGAAAAGGAGGAGUUGGAGUUGAAGAUCGCGCGCAACAAGUUCUGGGACUUGUCCAAGGAUUGGGAUGGCUUUUCGCAUCAUAUACUUAGCCUGAAGAAUGGAUUCAAGUUUCACUACGUUUGCAACGACCAGGGAGCCUCGGUGGAUCAGGAUAAACCUGUGGUUGUCUUUAUCCAUGGGUUCCCUGAUAGUUGGGCCAUCUGGCGCAAUGUUCUGAGCUCUUCGUCUCUUCAGCAGUCUGCGACGCUCAUUGCGGUUGAUAUGCCGGGAUAUGGUGGGACUGAUAGCUUGGCUGAUUACUCGCCUACUAAUGUGCUCGAGAGUCUGACGGAAUUCAUCCUUGCGAUCAGAGCCAAAUAUGGCGUGGAUACGGAGGCUGGUAUGCGCCAGAAGAAGCUAGUUGUUGUCGCGCAUGACUGGGGCUGUGUUGUUUCUAUGCGACUUGCGGCUGAAGCUCCUCAGUUGGCGGAUCGGUUUAUCUUGAGUAAUGGCCCAUUGCCUGCACUUGCCACGUCCAACAUUAGUCGUCUGUUGUCUGCAUCUGUUAAGAUGUUGAAGACGGCCUCGCGCUCGCCGAUCCAAUCACGUUCGAUGAUCUACAAGGCCUUUGCCACCAUGAGCCCCGUUUACCGGCAAUUCUUCAAGUCCAAGUACAUCUUUGCUAUGCAGCUGCCCAUGCCUCUCGUUCGGUUUUUCGGAAGGGGUGGCAAUUAUUCCUUCCUGAAGCUCAUCCACAGAGGCUCCUUCGGAAAGCAGGAGUAUACGUCUCAGGAUGCUGCGGAGUGUUUUGCUAGCUCCUUGGGUCCGUCAGUUGCAGAAUCCGGGACUCAGACCGCUGAUGGCGAGCAAUAUCCCGAGUCACUGAAGAAUGAGCGCGCACCGUCGAGCUUCCAGCACAUGGCCUGCUAUUACAGAGAUGGAACUGCUUACGCGCGUUGGGACAAAUCUGUUGAGACGAUUACUGCCUUGCACAGCAUCGCGAGCGGUAGCGGUGCCCGUCGUGCCAGCAGCGGGGCUGGACUGUUUGAUGACGGACCCAAGGGGGCCCUGAAAGCCUGUGCGACCGUUAUUUGGGGCAAGGGAGACAUUGCCUUGGAGCCGCAAAUCUGCUUGGAUGGCCUCGCCGAUUACCUUGUCGCAGACAGUCAGUUGGUCGAGCUUCCACUCACGGGACACUUCACUCCGAUGGAACGGGAGAGCCAGGUUGCCUUGGAAAAGGCGGUUGAGUGGGCUGUCAAGGGCGAGAAGGAGGACAUCGGGGCGGUUAUGAAGGCUUGCUAUCCAACGGCUGUAGUGACUCUUCGGAAGUGAACUGAUCCGAUCGUGUUGUUUGCUUGAAAUGCUAUUUUAGGACGGAUGGUCCUCCCUUUGGCCUAGUCCUUCCUUAGUUGUUGUGAAUGUUUUGCCGAGACUGGCUCAGCAGGUGCAGGGGGACACAAAGCCAGGUACACGGUUUCUUGUUUCCGCGCCGAGACCGCUAUCGGUGCACUCCAAGGGGGAAUUAAAGAGUGCGGACAUGCAAGGGGCAUUCGCGGAGGUUGGCUGUCGGUCUGGCUUCUAGGCUGGUCUGCAAUCGGAAUUCCACAGCUUCUUUCCCUUUCUCCUUUAAUUAGACGGGAGUUUUCGCAACGCAACGUGC